AGACUCAGGCCGCGGCGACGGGAGGAAUCAAGUUGUGUGGUCGGUGAUGCCCGCAUGAGCUACGGGUCCGGGCCUCUGCCCUGAGGAGGCAACUCCCACGCAGGCCGCACGGGCCCCCUCGCGACUGGGAAGCUCCGUUUCGGUUUCGCGGCGGCGGCGGCGUUGUUGGAGGGGACCCGGGACACCUGAAUGCCCCCGGCCCCGGUUCCUCCGAAGCGAUGGGGAAGGUGCUAUCUAAGAUCUUCGGGAACAAGGAAAUGCGAAUCCUCAUGUUGGGCCUGGACGCGGCCGGCAAGACAACCAUCCUGUACAAGUUGAAGCUGGGCCAGUCGGUGACCACCAUCCCCACCGUGGGUUUCAACGUGGAGACGGUGACUUACAAAAACGUCAAGUUCAACGUAUGGGAUGUGGGCGGCCAGGACAAGAUCCGGCCGCUCUGGCGGCAUUACUACACCGGGACCCAGGGUCUGAUCUUCGUAGUGGACUGCGCCGACCGCGACCGCAUAGACGAGGCCCGCCAGGAGCUACACCGCAUUAUCAAUGACCGGGAGAUGAGGGACGCCAUAAUCCUCAUCUUCGCCAACAAGCAGGACCUGCCUGAUGCCAUGAAACCCCACGAGAUCCAGGAGAAACUGGGCCUGACCCGGAUUCGGGACAGGAACUGGUAUGUGCAGCCCUCCUGUGCCACCUCGGGGGACGGACUCUAUGAGGGGCUCACAUGGUUAACCUCUAACUACAAAUCCUAAUGAGCAUUCUCCACCCAUCCCCCAGAAGGAGAGAAAUCAAAAACCCAUUCAUAGGAUUAUCGCCACCAUCACCUCUUUGAAUUGCCACUUUCUCUUCUUUUGAAUUUGAACUUUGGAGUUACAGUUCUACGGUUUGGGGGAGGGGGUUAGGGGUUUUCUUUUUUGUUUCUUUUCUUUUUCUUUUUCUUUUUUUUAGCUUUGCGUUAGGAUGCUCUGAGCUGACUUUUGACACGAACACAAAGUGCUUAGAUACUCUCGUUGACUUCCAGCAAAUGGGAUGGGGGAAAUACAGCAGUUCUUGAUAAAUUCCUUUAUAAUAAUGGUUUGAUUUUUUUAUUUCGAGAGAAUCUUCUUUUCCAAUGUAUGCUUUUUUCCUUUUUGCCCAGUUUCCUUAUCACUUGCUGUAGAUGGCUUAUUUUGCAUUCAUGCAGACUAUGUUGCAAGUCUGUUUCAUCUAGUAAACUGAAAAUUAUUGCUUAAUCAAACUGCCGUUUGUCUUUUAUAUUUAAGGCCUUUUCCCCCUCCCUUAUGAAUUCCAACUUAGUAAAUUCAAAUGUGACCUUUUAUAUCUAAGACCAGUAUAGUAAACUUAGCCCACAGGGGCAAAUAAUGAGUAAUAUCAUUGUAAUAUGUUCCAGUUGCACAUCAGUAUGUUAAAACAGGUAAUGUAAGUUCUUUGAAAUGUCAGCUUUUAAGUUCUGAAACAUACAUCAUGCAUGAGUAAGGAUAAAACUCAAGUUCCCCUUUACAGAGCUAACUUACAGUGCAUAAAAAUAUGAAAAUGUAACCAGUCAAGGACACAGAUUUUUUUUUUUCACUGCAAAGUUAGCAACUUUGCUGUGUUUUCCCUCUUUUAUAACUUUAAAAACAGACUCUUCCAGAAAAUGGAGCAAUAAUGUUGUAUGCCAUAUACAAAAGAAAUAUUUGUAGAUAUUUUAAGUGACUUUUGGGCAAAACUGGAAUAUAUCUUUUACUAUGUUUCAAAUGUCUAAGACCAAUCAUAUUAAAAUUACCAGAAUGUUUACUUUGUUCAUUAAUAAAGCAUUUAACAAUUCAAGUUAUAUGCACCUUUUACCUAGUUGGAAAGAAAAACAUUCCUGUUUCCACAUUACAGCAACUGAAUAAGCUGAAGAUGUCUUUUUUUAAUAGACGAGUGAUUCUUAUCUCCAUUAAUUAGAACACUGGAAAAGAUGUUUUAUAAGAAAGGUAUUCUUUUUGAUUGUAGGAUUAACUCAUGCAAAUAGGCAGAUAUCCUGUUGGUUCAAUGAUACACCAUCUCCUUUAAGGAAGGAAAUGUGAGAUGAAUGAAUGAUGUGUAGACUUGAAGAAUGACAAAGGGGAAGUAGGAUGUAAAGAAAGAACCUACAGAUGACAAUGAAUGUAAACUUAUUCAAGGGUAAGCAGUGUGCUCACUGGUGAUAUCCAGAUCUUAACAAGAUGACUUGCUUAGCUGGUUAGGACCAGUAACAUGAUUAUUGAGACCACUAUGGUAAUACUUUGAACCAAAUGUUAAUGCUUGAUACAGAAUUGUGUGUAACAGCAUCUGGUUCUUAUAUAGCCUUAAGGAUUAAUUUUAGAGAUCCUCAAGGAAUUAGGGUAUUUCACAAAUGUAGACUGCAAUGGCAGCAUACAGGAAAAGGCCGAGUGGGUUUUGUUUAUGAGGGUAUCUGAAAACUAAAAUUGAGCGGGAUGUCAUGGUAUAUGAUUGGACAGUAUUGGUCCUUCAUGCUUUGGCCAUAUUGUAUAACGGAGCUUUUACCAAAGAUGUUUGAGCAACAUAAGGCUAUAAAAAAGUAACUUCAAACUUUUGACAAACAUUUUACUUAAAGUAGAGGAGAAAAGGUGCUAUGUUGUAGGCUCCUAAUGGUGCAGAGGGAUUUUUGAAUUCAAAAUGCAACUAAAGUAUAAAGUUCAGUUUCACUUUAGUAGAAGCAUCUCUAGAAAUGAAGCUGAUAUAUCUAAAUAUUUUAGCUGCUUUUAAAAUUCCCAGUUUCAUCAUAAAUUUAGUGUUUUAAAUGAUUACUUAUUAAGGUACAUAAACAUGGAUUAUACAGAUAUCAAUGUUACAUCCUGAAACAAGACAAGCACAAAGGUAUUAAUGCCUAAACUGGAGGAAACUUGAAACCCUCAUGUAAUUCUUAAAUGUAGUAUUCUAACUUGUGACAGACAAAUUGGUAGGCAGCCAUUUUUUUGUGUCUUAAAAAAAACUGGGGGCAUAGUUAAAAUUUUAUACAUCAAGUGAUUGCUAUGGAAUGUAGCAGGUGAGAUGUUAUUUUUAGUUUAUUUGAAAUGUCUAACUGAAGGUUGGGGGAGGGGGUAGCAAAUAUUUGAAAUUUGGAAAACCCUAAACAUUUUGGUAAGAAAUUGUAAUUUUCACUUAUAUUUUCUUUAAGGAUAUAAAAGGUUGAUAAUUGAUAAAUUGAACCAUAACCAUUGGUGAUCAUGGAGCAGGUAAUUAUAGCCUGCAGAAAAAGUUAUAAUCUUAAGAGUUUAAGAAAUAAGAUCCUGAAGUUUUUGUUUAAUUGCAUCAAUUUCUGUAUUUUCUGUGAAUUUAUAAACUGCAGUAAGUUUUGAAUGAGGUUGAUCUUGUCUAAUAUAAGUAAAUGAGUCUGUAGACUGUGAUCUCCCCAAACUAAAAAGUACAGUACUUGGAAUUGUGUUCUUUAUGGUUGUAGUGUUGGUAAAGCACUAAUAUGCAGAAAAUAAAGGAAUUACACAGUGCA